CACCCGGCCCGUGGAGAAGGAUCUCUGGUCGGAGCGAGAGACCGAAGAAGGAAGGAGCUGAAAAAUGGCUGCCGCAAACAACAACUACAUAACAACUUCGGCUGUGGACUGCUCACGCAAUGUUCCGCGUUCUUGUCGCAUUUGUUUGACUCAUUCCACCUUUCUCGCUCGCGGAAAAGAGUUUCUGCUCUCUUCCUCUGCAUUCUGAUCUUUGGAUGUCCAUCUGUUGCUAUCGUGAAUCGUGGGGAGAUUCUUUCUUUCGUUUCCUAGGGUUUGUUGAGUUGUAGGAAGGAUUGUGUAAGGUACUGCGAGUGGAUGAUCAGUAGAAAUACGUGUUUCGAACGAUUUCGGAAUGAGGAGUUCUCGUAGCUGGUUACGUGGAGAUUAUGACGCUCGUUGCGAGUUUGUGUGUGGAAGUGUUGAGGUGGAGUUGUGAAAAGCAGGCGGGAGUGCAUGAGAGAGGGGAGUGCAUUGUGCAUGGAUAGAGGUGUAGGUUAAGGGUGUAGAGUGGGACAGUUGCUGAGGCGUGCUGCUCUGAGUUUAACGUAGCUGCACACCAUAAGGAGGGUCGCUGCUGUGGCCAUGGGCGACGACAAAGUAUCGCCGUCGCGGUCGUGUGGGAGUAGCAGGGAGUUGCUCAUGGCAGGAAAUGGCGAUGACUUAGAGGAUCCUCCGAAGUCUGGUCAAGCUUCAUCUUCAGCUUAUUAUUCGGGCAGGGAGAUCGCUAAGACGACAAGUUCAAAUAUGCGGAAUGGUGGAAGAUCUGGAAGUCUGAAUGGAGCAAAUCAGGCUUUUUAUGGUUUUCUGUCAAGUUGGGCGUCGAAAAAGUUCAUGAGCGGCUGUGUAAUUUUAUUGCCUAUUGCGGUCACAUUCUACACUACGUGGUGGUUCAUUUUAUUCUUUGAUAGCUUCUUUUCCCCGGUUUAUGACUAUCUCGGCAUGCAUGUGGUUGGGCUUGGAUUCGUGACGUCAUUUGUGUUCAUAUUUUUGGUGGGAGUAUUUGGAGCAUCGUGGAUCGGAUCAUCUGUGAUAACGGUUGGCGAAUGGUUCAUUAAGCGCAUGCCACUUGUGAAACAAGUUUACUCUGCCUCAAAGCAAAUCAGUGCUGCCAUUUCUCCAGAUCAAAAUACACAGGCAUUCAAAGAGGUAGCUAUAAUUCGCCAUCCUCGAAUUGGAGAGUACGCGUUUGGGUUCAUCACUUCCACGCUUGUUCUUCAGAACGAGUCUGGGGACGAGGAGCUGUGCAGUAUAUAUGUACCUACGAAUCACCUUUACAUCGGCGAUAUUUUCCUUGUGAAUUCGAAGGACGUGAUCCGACCGAGCUUGUCCGUGCGGGAAGGCAUCGAGAUUGUGGUGUCGGGAGGAAUGUCGAUGCCGCAAGUGAUAACGCCGAUGUCAUCUCCUCCAUCAAAUCGAGUCAUUGUAUCGAGAUGAAGGGCUUGUAUGUGGAUUUUUCGGGGCACAGUGCGGACCCCGUCGGAUGGUGGGUGGUACACCAUUGAAAGAGCCGAGUAUGGUCGGAACCGGCCAUUUGAAGAAUAGUAGUCUGAAGGAGGGGUGGGAUUUCCUUCUUUAAAUUGCUGAUGUUGGAGGGGCUCCGUUGAUGAAGUCGCCUCCUCCAUCUUUUUGUACUCAAGCCACGUCCUUGUUGGUACGUGGAGUUAGUUUUCGUCGCUGAAUUGGGCUGGAGUGUAUAUAAGGUUUCUGUUAGUUGAAGUUCUCAUGGACUAGGGCUACAAUACAUUCACUACGCUCAUGAGUCUAUUGUGUGGAGUCUAUUGUGUGGUGAGGGAAUGACUUUCAAGUACAGGACUGAAAUAGUAGUUAUCAGGUAUUAAGAUUCUAAUAAGCUGAGUGUAAGACUAUCGGUGUCUUGAAAUGGUGCUUGGAAUAAGUGAAUAAAGUGAUUGUUUAAUAUGCA